AUGAACAACAACGACGUCCCUAUUGAAACUCUAAUUGCUAACGCUGUCAAUACAGCUAUAGCGGGUUUAGUUCCCAACCUUUUAGAACAGUUGCAGCAGAAUAACGUUAAUGUACAACCACCGGGGGGAAACAAUAAUGGUAACAAUAACGCUCCUGUUACUAUCCUUGAUUGGCUUGAGCGCUUCAGAAAGGAAAAGCCAAAAUCGUUUAGUACCGCUGCUACACCAGUUGAGGCGGAAAACUGGAUUGCUCAUAUCAAGAAGUUGUUCGAAGUGAUGGGCGUGGGUGAUGCGUUCAAGGUUAGGCUUGCUAGUUAUAAACUGGAGGACGAUGCUCAUAGGUGGUGGAAGACGUUGAAAGAAGCUCGUGGAGGAGAUCAAUAUGCAGCAACACUUCCUUGGGCUGAAUUUCGCACUUUGUUUUAUCAGCAGUACUUCACUGACGCUGAUAGAAGUGAGUAUCUGAGAGAGUAUGCUUCUAUCAGGCAGGGGGAUGAUGAGCCUAUUAUGGAGUUCAAAGCUCGUUUUAGUUGUUUAGUUAAUUUUCUGGGCCCAGCAGCAGUCGAUGCUGUCAAGGAAUUGAAUAAUGAGAAGAAGCAGCGUGAGAAGAAAUUGAAUGGGGAUCGCAAACGCUCUAGGGAGAACGACCAGGAUAAUUCCGAUAAUCAAGGUGGCAAUGAGCAAUCCCAAGAUCGUGAGGACCGUUCUGAUAGGUAUUACUACAAUAAGUCACGAAGUGGAAGAAACCGUUAUCAGAAUCGUAGGCCUGCACAAAAUCAGACGCAACAGAGCAAGGAAAAUGGAGCGCAGCCAGAUAAUCAACAAAACCCGAAUCAGAACCGUGCUGAUAUUCCUCCUUGUACUCAUUAUGGGAAACGUCAUGGUGGUGCAUGUCGUCUUGCUGAAGGUCGUUGUUUCAGAUUUGGAGAUUCAGACCACUUGAUUAGGGACUGCCCUCAGCCUGAGCAGCAUGCUAAUACUGGUGAAAACACUAGAACUGCUGGGGGAGGUCGCUAA